UGCCCGGGUUCGAGUCCCGCGUCGGCCCGCACCGCUCCGCUCCCCUCCCGCCCGCUUCGCCGGGCCCCGCUGGCCGCGGAGAUGGGCGACAUGGAGUCCUACAAGGUGAUGCUGAAUGGGCCGGCACCCUGGGGCUUCAGGCUGCAGGGAGGGAAGGAUUUCAGCAUGCCACUCUCCAUCUCCAGGCUGACUCUGGGUGGGAAGGCAGCCCAGGCUGGCGUGGGAGUGGGCGACUGGGUGCUGUACAUCGACGGGGAGAGCACCAGUGCCAUGACACACAUCGAGGCCCAGAACAGGAUCCGUGCCUGUGGGGACAGGCUCUGCCUCACCUUGAGCAGAGCCCAGACCCAGCUGGGGAAGCCGCAGAAGGUGCUGAGCCUUGACAAGCAGCCCCCACAGCUGCUGGAGUCCCCCAGCACCCCUGUGUGUGACCCUGUGAAGCUGCGGAUGUUAGAGGACAUUGACGACUCAAAGCCCCACAGCUGGACCUCCCAGUCCCGUUCCUUCCGCAAACUGUCCCGCCUGGUGGGCGCAGAUGCCAUGGAGGAUGGUGAGGACGAGCUUGUUAAAAAGCCCAGGGAUACCCAUGGCUCCAGCUGGGGCACAGUAGAGCAGUGGCAGCCCCCGCAGCCUCUGGAGCCCCCCAGCACCCCUGGGUGUGAUCCUGGGAAGUUGAGGAUGUUGGAGGACGCUGAGGACUGGCAGCCCCGCACCGGGACCUCCCAGUCCCGCUCCUUCCGCAAACUGGCCCAGCUGACGGGCACAGAAGGCAUGGAGGAUGGUGAGGAUGAAUUUAUUAAAAAGCCCAGGGAUGCCCAUGGGUCCAGCUGGGGCACAGGGCAACAUCGGCAGCCCCCACAGCUGCUGGAGCCCCCCGGUGACACUGUGUGUGACCCUGUGAAGCUGCGGAUGUUAGAGGACAUUGUCGACUCAAAGCCCCACACCUGGACCUCCCAGUCCCGUUCCUUCCGCAAACUGGCCCGGCUGGUGGGCGCAAACAGCAUGGAUGAUGGUGAGGAUGAGCCCGUUAAAAAGCCCAGGGAUUCCCAUGGGUCCAGCUGGGGCAUAGUGGAGCAGCGGCAGCCUCUGGAGCCCCCCAGCACCCCUGGGUGUGAUCCUGGGAAGCUGCGACUGAUGGAGGAUGCUGAGGGCUGGCAGCCCCGCACCGGGACCUCGCAGUCCCGCUCCUUCCGCAAACUGGCCCAGCUGACGGGCACAGAUGGCAUGGAGGAUGGUGAGGAUGAGAAUGUUAAAAAGCCCAGGGAUGCCCAUGAGUCCAGCUGGGGCACGGUGGAGCAGCGACAGCCCCCGCAGCCUCUGGAGCCCCCCAGCACCCCCGGGUGCAACCCCGGGAAGCUGCGACUGAUGGAGGAUGCUGAGGACUGGCAGCCCCGCACCGGGACCUCGCAGUCCCGCACCUUCCGCAAACUGGCCCAGCUGACGGGCACAGACAGCAGCAUGGAGGAUCAUGAUGAUGUGUUUGUUAGGAAGCCCAGCCAGGUCUCCGUGCCGGACUCGUCCCCAGGAGCAACGAUGAAGACUGAGCCAGGACUGGCCCCCAGGACGCCCAGUGCCACCCCCAGCCCCACCAGCCGCCCACCCUGGGCUGUGGACCCCUCGUUUGCCGAGCGCUACGCCCCGGACAAGACGAGCACGGUGGUGAGCAAGCACAGCCAGCCGGCCACGCCGACCCCCAUGCAGAACCGCAGCUCCAUCGUGCAGGCGGCCCAGCAAGCCCCCGAGGGGCCCGGCCGCACCCCGCUCUGCUACAAGUGCAACAAGGUCAUCAGGGGACGGUACCUCGUGGCGCUGGGACAUUAUUACCACCCCGAGGAGUUCAUCUGCUGCCAGUGCAGGAAGGUGCUGGAUGAGGGUGGCUUCUUUGAGGAGAAAGGCUCCAUCUUCUGCCCCAAGUGCUACGACACGCGCUACGCACCCAGCUGCGCCAAGUGCAAGAAGAAGAUCACUGGGGAGGUGAUGCACGCACUGAAGAUGACCUGGCACGUGCAGUGCUUCACCUGCAACGCCUGCAAAACUCCCAUCCGCAACCGAGCCUUCUACAUGGAGGAGGGACAGCCCUACUGCGAGAGAGACUAUGAGAAGAUGUUUGGCACCAAGUGCCGCGGCUGUGACUUCAAGAUCGAUGCUGGGGACCGGUUCCUGGAGGCGCUGGGGUUCAGCUGGCACGACACUUGCUUUGUCUGUGCGAUCUGCCAGACCAACCUGGAAGGGAAGACGUUCUACUCCAAGAAGGACAAGCCGCUGUGCAAGAGCCAUGCUUUCUCCCAUGUGUGAGGGGUGGGAAUUCAGCUGUGCCCACACAUGCCCCUGGCCCUGCAUGCUCCUCUCCCCCUGCCCUGCUGGCCCCAGGGAGCCAGGCUGGGCCUUUUGCCCUUUCCCUUGCUCCUGCCUCUUUUCUGGCAGUUCCUGGCUCAACUUCAGCCAGAUACAGUGCUGGGUCCAGAGCCUUUUAUAGCUGGGUAGCUUCUUAUAUGCUUCUCAACUGGCCCUAGGAGCCCUGGGAAGGGGAUGCUGCAUGGAUCUCCUGCCCCUGAGCCACGCAGCACGGUGGGUACAACCGUGCUGCGACUGGAAUUGGAGGGGGUCUGCCACGGCUGGGCUGCUCCCUUGCUGCCUGGCAGCUCAGUGCUGGGGCAGGGAUACUCCUUACACAUCCCUGAGUGGGUGAGGACCAGCUCUUGUCUCACUCUCCCCAACCUUCCCUGCUGUGUUCUUGGGGCUGGAGACCUGGCCCCGCUCCCCUGCUGGGGCCCUGCCCAUGACAACCCACCAGCCACCCCUCAAACUGCUGCGGUGGCUUCCUGCCCCGGUUGCAUUCCAGGGGUGUCUGUGCCUCAUGCCCCCCACCCUGCUGGCCCACUGCUCCCCUGGGGCUGGCAACACCCCCAGCCUGGCGUGGCCCAGCUGUGGGCUGGCAGUGUGUAAUGAUGGCCAGCCCAGCCAGGCGGCUGCUCCUGCAAGGCUUGGGCACAGCUUCCUACCAAAGAGCUCUCUGCCACUGCCAUCCUGGGGCCACCGAUGCCUCCCCCCAAACCACACCCUCCGGUCGGGCUGCACUGAUGUAGCCACGGUGCUUUUAGUGCCUUUAAUAAACACAUCUCUGC